CGAAGCACACUAACUCUGAUCUCAAUGCUAUACCACCAGCAGUUGUACCUGCAUCUGGAUCCCAACAGGUGUCCACUACCUAUUUCACCGCUCCAACUGUGGUUCCCGAAGCACUUCCUCAUGAUCUUGCAACCAUCAUUUCUCGCUUAUCUCCCUAUCAUUUUUAUACAUUACGUACCCUUUUUUCACAUCUUUCUCGCGUUGAUAAUAUUGUUUUUGGAAAAGGAUGUAAUAGUGAAGAAACAGAAAUUGAAAAUGAAAAACGAGAACAAGAAGUUAAAGAAAAGCAAGCGCCGCAGGUAUAUCACAGAACUUAUAUUUCCGAAGAUUUCUCGAAAAGUUUUGAAGACCUGUUGAUAAUUGAUAGACAUCCUAGUGCAAAUAGUUCGAGUAAUUCAUAUCCAUCGUCGUCGUCAUCUUCCGUAAAAGGUUUACCUGUAAAUAAGGACGAUAUUGACACUCCUAACAAUAAUCAAGACGAUGCUAUGAAAAAUUUUGUUGUAAAUAAUACGACAUUCUCUACAAUUUCACCACUUUCAUCAUCAUCAUCUAUAACAGUGCCAUCUACGCCAUCAUUAAAAGAUGCUAACAAAGAUAUAAGUAGCCAAUUUAAUUAUGAAGAAUUUCCUGAGCAGCCUUUAUCUUCUUUUCGUUUAAGAUCUAGUAGUGUUCCGUUGAAAGUCAUAGAAUUAGAAGAUUUCUCAGAAUCAGAAGAAGAACAAAACCUUACUGAAGACGAAG